AGGCACCGUCGUGCAUGCAAAUAAAGCUCCCUGGUGAUGAGUGGAAAAGCUCUGCAGGCAUUCGUUACAAACUACAGAGCAGAGGAUGCGGAAAAACUGACAGCGCGGAUGAAAAAUGGUCUCAGCAGCUGCAAGUACAAACCGGCUGAAUAUGAAAGACUACAAGCCAUCAUUGAUGCCAAGCGCCUGGAGUCUGAUCUAAUUGGACAAAAGGUUCUGAAGACACGCUGCACAGCCAAGGCGACUAAGGAGAGCUCAACAUUACGGCAGCACAGACAGGUGUGGAGCUGUGAGUGCCCCCGGCUGCAAAAGGCUGAGGAGAAGGCUGAGGAUGACCUACAUGACUUUCUGGAGACAAUCAAGCCAUCUGAUAGGACAGACACUGGCAUCUUCUCACUCCAAGACUAUGCGCUGCUUCUAGAGGGGGAACGAGAAGAAUUCAGGAAAGCCUCUGUAGAGCCGGUUCAUCAUCUCAAAGACAACCUAGCUGUCAGACUGAGAGAAGUACAGCAUCAGCAGCCCAGAGCUUUUGGAUCAGACUGGGACCAAGUUGUACAGCAGAUACAUUUUGUGAAAAGCCAGCAAGAAGACGUAACUGCAAAACUUCACGCAGAGUACCAGAGCACGGAGGAGGAGAUCAUCGUGCUUGGCUUAGAGAAAUAUCUCACCAGUACUUCAGACAACCAGCUGAUCACUGAAAAUCUUCCCGAGGAGGUUUUGGACUCAGAUUGCCCCUACCCGGAGCUAAAGGAGUCCCUGAUCCAGGCCUUCCAGUCCCUUUCAGAAAGGUACCAGAGCAGACAACAGAGCCUUCAAGAGCAUCUGCAAACAACUGACAGGUUCUGUGGCUGGCCUGCAGAUGAACACCAACGCUUCCAGUUCUGUUUGUCUCUGUACGCUCAUCCUGAUGUGCCAAACUCCAGAGCGCUCUGCAUGGACAUGCUGCAAAAACUCUUCCCUCAGCGAUCUAAACAGGAGCUGAUGGCGCAUGAGCGUGUGUGGGACUGGUGGUGCUUCACCCAGGCACAGCUGAAGGUGUUGACCCAGCAGUGGCAGAGGGACCAUGAAGAGCUGCUGGCCAGAGCCCUGGUUACCCUGCAGGAGGCUACACGUGCCCACCAGGAGGAGCAGGAGCACCAGCAAGACCGGCAACACCAGCAGGACAUCUGCUCACAACUUAGAAGGAAGCUGCAGCAGUGGCGGGCCCAGCAGGAAGAGGUGGCGAAGCUGGAGGCGGACAUCGCUGCAAGGCAACGAGAGGAGGAGGAGGCGAGGUUAAAGAGGGAGCAGGAGAGGGAGAGCGCUGUCAGAGCACGGCAGAAAGAAAAAGUCAGGCAGUUUUAUUUAAAGCAGCAGGAGAGGAGGGACCUGCUGGAGCAGAGGGACCAGGAGAGACUCGCCAACCUGAGGAGAGUCAUGGCAGAGCAGGCAAGGCGAGAUAAAGAGAGGGUGCAGUUUCGGGCAGAAAUGUUGCGACAGCGACAGGAGGAGAGAGAGGAGCGUGAGCUUGAGCAGCAGAGAGAAGAGGAAGAGAAACAGCAUCGCUUGGAAGUUCUCCGAAAACAGGUUGAGGUGGUGGCAGAGGCAGACCCAGAGAGGAUGAUGGCAGAUACUAAGGCUUGGAGGAGUCGCUUCUUGAAUUUUAAGGAGUUUGAGCUGCAACGGCCUCUCUACAGUAUCAACACGUACACAGACACACAGAUCGUGUCUGAUCCUCGAGUGCGGGUUGAGCAGGCUCUGCGAGAGGCUGGUCUGCACCAUAGCCGCUAUGCCAAAGAGGUUCUAUCUAUCAUCCAGCCGCCUAAACCUCCAAGACCAGAUACAAAAUCCAUCAUUAAAUUCUAACUGAGGUCAUGUUUUUGAAAUCUUGAAAACUCUACAUCUGAUACAGUUCAAUUAAAGAUAAAUAAGUGA